AUGUCGGUUCCUCCGCUCAAGGGUGAUGGCCAGGGCAAUUAUCGCAUAAGUAUAGUUGGCAACAGUGGUAUGCCUCGAUCAACGCUAGGAAAACAGCUCGCUGCAGUACUUCGCGUCCCUUUCGUACCGUUGGAUAGGUUGUUUUGGUGCCCCGGAUGGCAGAAGACAUCGACAGUCGAGUUCCGUGCUAAAGUCGUCGACGCUUUGGGUCAAAGCCCCGGUUGGGUAGUCGACGGUAACUAUACCAAACGUAUUGGACCCAUGAUAGCCGACAGUGCGACGGACAUUAUUUGGCUGGAUCCUCCCUUCCUCUUGUAUUUUCCGCGGCUUUGCUGGCGGACCUUCCUGCGGCUAUGUGGAUUAUGCGAGGAUUGUAGCCCGGGCUGCGAAGAGUCUUUCCGUGGGAUUUUCUCGCGCGAGAGCAUUGUUUGGUGGUGCAUCACGAAUCAUAACGCAGCUAGGAAACACGAGGGGGAACGGCUUCGCACAGAAGGGAUCCAUGUAGGCGGUAAAAUGAGGAGGAUAGGUGGAUGGGGCGACGAGUUGGUUACCUGGCAAACGGAGGUGGACCGAUUGUGUAUGGUUCAAAGAUAG